UCGGCGGUGGGUGCGGAGGGGACCGAGGGGACCCGCGGGAUCAUCCUGCCCCGCGCUGCCCCCGUUUAUUGCCAUAAAGUCAUAAACACCCCCCGUGCCCGCGGUCACACCGCGCACAUCAGAGCGGGUCUGACCCAGCCCUGACCCUUCUCCCAGUUGGAUCGCCAGUUUUCUGUACAGUCUGAGCUGCCACUGGGAUCGAGUCGCUGUCUGAAGACAACUCCCUCCUCCUCCUUCAGAAGUAGUAUGCCCACAGUCUUCCUGGCCAAUGAUUCUUCUACAGCAAUCAGCACUUCUUUCUCAUCCUGAGAAGCCUUCAUCUCUUCCUAUGUCAGUGGCUACAAGGCCAAGAGCCAGCUCACCACUGUCCCCACCAAAGUCUCUCGGACUGGGGCCUUCCUUCCAUCACACACAAGAAGAAGAACUUGCAAAGGUGGUGGAGCAGGACCCUAUGCUGGAGGAACUAUGUAAGCCCCUGUGCUGUAAGCUGUGCAAUGUCACCCUGAAUUCGGCCCAGCAAGCCCAGGCUCAUUACCAGGGUAAAAACCACAGUAAGAAACUCCGAAAUUACUAUGCUGCCAACAGCUGCCCGGCACCUGCCAGGAUGAGUAAUGCGGUUGAGCCUGCCCCGCCUCAGGUUGUCUCCCUUCCCACCCAGAUGGGAUCCAGUAAGCCAGGUGGCCGAGUGAUCUUGGCUACAGAGAAUGAUUACUGCAAGCUCUGUGACGCCUCGUUUAGCUCUCCGGCCGUGGCACAGGCUCACUACCAGGGGAAAAAUCACGCCAAAAGGCUGCGCCUUGCAGAAGCACAGAAUAACUCGUUCUCGGAUGCGUCAGAGCUGGGCAAGCGGAGGGCAAGGAAAGAAGGGAAUGAAUAUAAGAUGAUGCAGAACAGAAGAAACAUGUACACAGUGCAGAACAACACAGGUCCCUACUUCAACCCCCGCUCGCGCCAGAGGAUCCCUCGGGACCUGGCCAUGUGCGUCACGCCCAGCGGCCAGUUCUACUGCUCCAUGUGCAACGCCGGCGCCAGCGAGGAGAUGGAGUUCAGGCAGCACUUGGAGAGCAAACAGCAUAAGAGCAAGGUGUCCGAGCAGCGGUACAGGAACGAGAUGGAGAACCUGGGCUAUGUACAAUGACGCGCCACCCUCGGUCGUAGUUCGCAACUAGAGCAGCUUGUCUCUUUGCCUGCUGUUUGCCACAUGCCCUGCUUUGUGCUCCAUUUGAUAGGAGUAUGCUCUCGAGCUAUACAUGUAUAACACCUGCAAACUCAAUGGUAUGGUUAGAUUUUUUUUCUGUCAUAGCUGGCAGGAUGACGCCGCGCAGGACAUGAAGUGUUUUUUGAUGUUUGUUUGCUAAAUUGCCUAAAGGCUCUUCGUUGUGUUGAGUGGCGGGGAGGGCUUGGUCUCCUCCCCAGCCUUCUGCAUGAAUAUGCAAAGCCCAAGAAGUGCUGGGAACUUCUGUGGUUCAACCACACGGGUGGGCCAUGUGCAAAGCCCGCUCCCCUCUUUGCACACUGCAGAGCAGUGCUCCAGGAUGCCUCCCUACAGCAGAAUGAAUCUCUGGGCAGCUUGUCAAAGAGGGGCAGGAGUAGGGCCUGUGAAUGUGUGAAUUAGGUGGUGUACUUGUCCGCACAUUGCUGCUUCUGGCCCCCAUUACAGCCCAGAGUAGGUUCUUUCCACAUCCUUGUAGAAAGGCUGUGCGUACCUCUCCCCCUUGGAGGGACUUGCCUCUUACCGCUUCCUCUGCAAUGCAGAUUUCAUUCUGAACAUCUGACAUUGAUUUCAGCUGAUUAGCUCUAUUCAGAAAUACUCUCUUCUACCAGUUAACAGUGAAAAAAAGAUUCUCAGUGUUGUUGCCUGGACACCUAAAUGCACCAUGGGUGUAGCUCAUCUCCCUGAAGAGAGUCUCAGGGGAUCUCGGUGGCUAAUGAAGUGAAUUGGAAAGCAAACCUGCUCAGGUGAGAUGUGCUUUGCUCUGAUUCUGCCUUAGGCUGGGUAGGGUUGAGAAUAGAUUGGAAGGAACUGUCAGCUGUAAUUUCUUUGCAUAGUGAUGUAGAAGAGAGCAAGUGUUAGUUUCUGGCCUGCAGCUCUUGCUCUGGGAGAGCAGGGCUGUCUGGACCAUGGGUAGCAGAUACUGGUGUGUCCCCCUUCCAUGCCAUUCCCUGGAUAAAGCCCAAUGGGUGUUAUAGAGCAAAGCUCAAAUGCUCAUUUGAACUAGAGCUACCAAUAUUGGACAAUUUUUUUUCCCCUCUUUCUUUUUCCAUCUCAGGAUGGGUUUUAAUUCCAUUCCUUGAUGUGACCUUGACUGUUUUAGGGACCAUCAAAAAUCCAAAGUUAGGUAGGAUUUAGAUGUCAGGGGUGAUGACUGUUUGAGUAACAGCUUUUUGGUCACACAGAAGUAUUUAUGGAACUUGUUAAGCAACUUUUUAAGUGUAGGCAAACUCAAAGGGUGGGUGUUUGUUUUGAUAUUCCUUAGCAAAAGUAGAAAAGGGAUAAAGAGCAGAAGUAGGGCUGACAUUUAUUCUUCUGCUUGUUUAGAUAGAUGUGAGGAGCUGUGAAUAGAAUCCAGUUCAUUUUUUAAAAACGUUGGCCCCAGUGGCAAGGGCAGUGUGUAGGUGGCCUUUGCUGGACCUGAUUCCCCACUGUGCUGCUGCAGCUGUGCCCUGGUGCAGCUGCACUGACUUCAGUGGCAGGUGCAGAGGGAGGGUCCAGCAAGCAUCAUGGCUUGUGUCUCACCCCUCUUCAGGCAGUGCACCGAAUCAGAUGCAAGCUCCACUGGUUUCAGUGGCAUUUUACCAGGGAUAAAUUGUACCUUAUGCAUAAUGUUUAAAGUGAGUCUCCCACCUCCCUUUUUUUCUUUUUUCUUUUUCUUUUUUUUUGCCAUUCUGAUCCUGCCCCCUGCAUUCCAGAAGGACUUUCUGCUUGCCUUAAAAAAUGAGAAAUGAGUAAACUAACAAAAAAAUCCACAUUCACCUUUCUAGUUCACCUCCAAAUGGUUUGUUGCACUUGGCGGCUACUCAGAAGUUGAGUACUGUUUUCUUUAGCUGCCUGAGCAUCAGGCAGCCAUAUAACCUUAAUGCAUCCUUCCUAAACCCAGGCAAGGUGAGCUCUUGCACAGUAGCCAAAACCAACCCCCUAGAUCAUUCCAUGCCAGUCCUUGCUCUGCAGAUCCAGGCAGAGCAAUGGAUGUCCUCAUGAGUGGGAUUCCCUCCCCUCCUUUGUGCAAAGCUCAGUUAAAUGGGGUUUGUGCACUGGAGCACGUUAGGAGGACAGGUGCCCAGGUUGUAGAGCAUUCGUGAGCAGUUUUGACAGCCUGUAAGUCUGUUUCUUCUGUGCUUUCCUUCCCCUGCCUCACCCUCUGUGUAGCCUUGAAGAACAUUCCUCUUGCCAAAAUCUCUCACCAGCCUUUCCCCCCUCCUCGUUUGCAGUCACAAAAGGGCUCUGGUUUUGUCUUUGUGUUCUGUCCCUUGGUUUGCCAGUGUGACACCACUGGGAUAGAGGCAGUUGGAUGAGCCUUACCACAAUGUGCUCCAGCAGAGUGAUCCCUGCAUUAUGGUUAAACGUCCCUCUGGCUGUAAAUUAAAGCGUGGCAUUUUCCACAGGCUGCAGUUAGCAGCAGAAAAGCACCAUUCUGUGAAAUAGGAGCUGGAGGCACCGGUGCUGUGUGGCUUAUUGCUCUGGACAAGGAGACAUUUUCACUUGCUUUCAUGUGUCCCGAAAGUCAGCUGUUCACCACUUAGCUCUGGUUGCUGCUCCUGCUUCCAGCCCAGCCAUCUGCUCCUCGUUUGGCAUUUCCAAUGACGACUGGAGGUGUCAGAACUUGGUUUGCUCCAGCUGGUGGAAAGGUGUCACAGCACAUCAGUGUGUGCUGGUGCUUUUGGAAGGGUGUAUGAGGGAGGUGCCAGGGGCUGUUCUUGCAGGCUCCUCUCUGCGUGGGGCUUAGCCUGGUUUUGAGGUAUGGCUUCAGUCUGCCCUGAAAGGAGAGGCCUCAGGCUGCUUUGUUUUGUUAAAGGGAUCACAACAAUGUGCUCAUCCUGGGAAUUUCAAAGUGGUGGGUUGCAUAGCAGGUAUAAGGCAGACAGUGGGACUCAAGUGACAGAUUUGCUAUGUAGGAGGAAAGAUGUCUUGCUGGGAGAGGCAGCUGGGGUGCAGUUUGCCCCAGUGCUCUGUUGUGGUUCUUCCUGCAAGUGACUGAGGCUUUCCUCUCCCUCUUCAGCAUUGCUAAACAGCUUGUGAUCUUCCCCCUCUCCCUUCAGCAUAGGAAGUUGUUGACUGCAAAGAGAAUACACCCCACCUCACUAUUGUCAUUAGGGUUCAGGACAAUCCAGACUUGUCAGCCGGGAGAAACUGAGAGGAUCCUGAUUUUGUUUCUUUUUGUGAAAGGUGUUCUCCAAAUCAGUGUUCAAAACACAGAUUGAAAACAUGUCCUGGGCAAAGCCUCUUUGACAUAGAUAGGCUGGGGGGAGAACUCUACUGAAGUACCAUUGUCCUGACCCAGUUAAUCUUUUUCUCAUGUUAAACCGAAGUACCAAACCCAAGAAACCGGACUUCUGUGAAGCUGUCACAUUGGCCAGUAGGUUAGUGACCUUUGCUGCUAGAAACAAAAUGUAAAUCAAUGUGUUCAUAUUUAUUUUACUGUACUGACCACUAAUUGAUUUGUUAAUAUUUAAGGCAUUAUGCUGGUAGGCUGUUUUUGUUUAGGUAGGAAAAUUCUACAUCGCACUUUGCUUUAGGAUCGGAACAAUUAUUUAUUAUAUUUGUGAAAAUGUUUUUAUCCCGCAUAAGUAUUGUUUUCUUUCCCUUGAUGCAAAAAAACCCACCAAAACCAUCCAGGAAAACCCACCUCAAACCCCCCAGAAAUCCCAAACCAAAUCCAACCAGUGGAACUCUGUUUCUUUUUAUGCUAAACGAAAUGGGGAUUUCCUUGCAACUUGUUAUUAAAUGUCCAUUUCUAAUUUCUUUUUCCUCCAAUGGUUCCUUUACUAACUUGGAAUGAUAUUUUUAGAGACAUUAAGUUCAUGCUUCAUUUAAGCAUUUCUUUUAAAGGCAAGGGAGUAAACCAUGUGGAAUCCAUGAGUUUGUGAGGAGUAUGAAAGUGAUACUGUUUUGUUUGUAUUAGGCAGUAGCUGUUGUUUUGCAUUCUGCACUAAUGAGUAAAUGUGUUAAAAUCUUGCCUAACACUGGUCUAUUUUUGACUUUUGCUCUCUUCAUGUACAUUGAAAGGAACAAUGAAAACUUCUGUGGAGUUGCUUAGGAUGGUCAUCAAUGUAACAAAAUGCAGAUUUUUUUCUGUAAAGCUGCUUGUCUUUUUUCCUUUCCUGGAUGCCCAUUAUAGGGCAUUAGAAGGGAAAGCUAUUGCCAUAAGCAUGGAUUCAUAUUUUAGCUUAUUAAUGCAUGAUGUCCUUUUGCUACAUUACUUGAGUGAUGCUCUCACUGUAACCACUGGGAAUCUUGCCCGGGUCAGGAGUAAAUGAAAUACCUGAGCCAAAGAUAUUAUGUUGGCUAGGGCCAGGCAAGGUACAUUGCUGAAAUUUGUCUUUUGCUCCUAUGUUUGGAUUACAGCACUCUCAAGGUUUUGCUUUUUGAGGACCGAGUAGCUGGUUCUUUAAGGAUCUGGUCUUGCUCCCUCUAAAAUAGUUUCAAAGUAUGUUGACUUUAGUUGAAUGGGAGCAAGCCUUGAAAACCUUCAGGAAUUUCAUACUGCUGAUCUUUUCUCUUUUAUGUGUUUUUUUGUUUCGUGCUUUUUAAAAAAGUUUUUACAACCACGUAUACAAGGAUGCUCUGGAUGAGAUGGACAUCUGCUGCUGGUUAUGGAAAAACAAAUGCCACAGUUGCCAAAGGAUAACAGAAAAUGGGGAAAUAUGGACCUGGUUUCUUUGAAGUUAGUGGCUAAGCUUCUCUUAUCUUGAGCUGGGCUGGCUUCUUUGCCACCUGCAUAAAGUUGGAAGGGAAAAUAAAAUCCACUUUGAAAUAAAUGUAAUCAAACAGUAGUUCUGGGAUCUCUCCUUUUAAAAAUGUAUCACAAAUAAAGUUGUGUCUUUUUACCUGAAAUAUCUGCAGGUAAAGGCAGGACUGUGGAUUUUUAAAAAUAAAAUCAGUCUGUGUUUUUCAGGAGAAAAAUUAAUUGAUUUAAUUUCCUUCUCCAUCUGUACAGCAACACCAUUUGCAAGUGCUUUGAACAUGUUUCAUCUAGAGCCUUCUUGUCAGGUUGUUUUGUUGUUUUGUACAUUUUUCCGUAUUUUCUUUACAUUGUACUGACCCUUAUGAGGGAAUACUUGAUGAAAAUGAAUUCUUUUUUUCUUCUUCAUUAUAUAAUAAAUCAUCUUGCUCUUAACAUUGUA